CAAACUGCAGUGGAGGCGCAACGGUCACCUCUGCAAUUAUCUGAAAACCUCUCUCAAGAAAAAAGAUCGAAAAUUUACAGUAAAAGAAAGGGAAAAAUGGUGAUUAAGCAAACGGAAAUUGUGGAGAUCACUCCAGAUCUGUGGGAGACAACGAAGAAGACGAAUACCAAGGGAAGAAAGAAGCUAACCCAGAAGGAAGAAGAAGAAGAACAAGAAGAAGAAGGGACGCCUAUCAGAGGUAUAUUCUGUCUCAAAACAAGACAGGAUGUGCAGUUUUUCGAGGAAAAAGAGGAUUGCUUCAUCCUCGACUUUGAUCCCAACGAUUCAUUUGACGCACGGAAGCUCUCCUUCUCCGAUAACCCAGAAAGUGACAACGAUGUGGCAAUUAUCCACGAGAAAGGCCAGGUGGCUUGUAGAGAUUUCCCACAUCCAAGGCAUCUCUGCUUGAAAUAUCCAUUUGCAUCAACUCAUCACGCACUACAUUGUAGUCAGUGCUACUGUUACGUAUGUGAUUUGGCUGCGCCUUGCCCACAUUGGACACCGAGUUAUGAACCGCAUUGUGAAGCCUUGGAGAAUAUUAGGUGGAAGCGUUUACGGGAGCUGCACCGCGUUGUGAAGCAGUAGAGGACAUUAAGCGGAAGCAUUUACGAGAGUUUGUGCUGGAAUCUUGGCUGCUCGCCGUGUAAGCACCAACAAGUAGAAAACUUCUAAUAGGAAAUUGGUCAGCCAAAGGCAAAAGCUUGAGUGAGAGAUGUAUGAUGAAUAUUAAGACUAGUGUGUAAUAUAUAAUGCCCCAUUUUGAGCUAAAUAUUUUGCCUAUUGAAGAACCCAAAUUAGGCCCCUCAUUUGUUAUU